AGGAACAAACUGCAGCAUAUGAAUCACACGAUCGAUAAACAUAUGCGCCCUGAUCAUCUCCUCAUAUCGACAGACCCGCACGCGCCGAGCAGCGUAGAUUUCCAGCACAUUCGCUCUUUCAGCCGCGGCUGUUUUUCACCAGACGUUUUUUUCCUUCUUCUUCCUUUCAAACGGAGCGUUCAUUCUUGGCUCGUCACAUGUUGACGCUUCCCGGUCGCAGCUUUGCGGGUUUAUGCAAAGAAAACGCAGAGAUUAAACACAGAGGAAAAUACACAUCUAGCGCUCGGUUCUUAAACGCUAAAAGCGCUUCGUGCUCAAACGGGGAAAACGGGAAACCGCUGCAAGAAUAAAGCAGCGAGAGCGCGAGGAAACCGGAGAGGGGGGGCGCGUGUGCGCGUGCGUUUCCUCUCCGCCGCAAGAAUCCACAGAGAGAGAGAGAGAGAGAGAGAGAGAGAGAGAGAGAGAGAGAGAGAAGAAGAAAGGAAAAGCAGCAGCAGCUCCACGCCACUCCUUUGUUUUAGGAAAUCGCUUGAAUCGCUCGAAGGACUGGAAUGAUGCAUCGCGUUUCUCUCGCGUUUUUCCGUGACGCCUGUUUUUAAAGGCGAACUUGACGAUUUUGCGUUUAAUUUGGUGGAAGAGCGUUUGAGAUCCGAACCCUUCAGACGCAUUAAGCGUUUCCUUCGCGUUCACCCUCCAUGCGUUUAGACUCGUUUUAUCCCUCCUUUUUAAGUUCCACAUCGCGGGAUCCUCUCAAGCGUUCCAAAGCUCGCUGGCUCUCUUCUGCUCGAGGUUCGCGUCCAGGCCCGAGAUACUCGCUACUCUUCAAAGGCCUUUAAUGCGGCACGCGCGCGUCACAUUGUAACGGGUUUCCUCGCGUCAGAUGCGCGUCGGUUCUGAUCCAUAAAGCGCCGCUGAUCCUCGUCCAGAACACCUCUCCUGCGCUGUCCGCUCUUCAUACGCAGCGUCCGCGGCCCUCUUCGAUGUUAAUGUCGACCGACGUCGCAUCUGUAAUGCUGCCCGUGAGCCACGGGAUCCUGGAGCGCGACAGGGAUCUGGACUCCGGUUCGGCGGCGGUUCGGGGGAUGAAGCGCGGGGAUCCGGAGCCGGAGGGAGCCGCGGCGGCGGGGGAUUCGGUCGGGGCUGAGUGCAAACGAGCGCGGAUGGACGGUACCGAAGACACCGGACAGGGUUCACAGGACACGAUGGGAGCUCUGGAGGGCGUCGUGACUCCGUUCUCCUCCUUCCCUCCCCCUCCGCCGCCUCCUCCUCAGAACGGCCUGGCGCUGGAGUUCGGGGGCCAAACGGAGGCCCCGGCAGGAGUCAGCAGCUCCUCCUCCUCUAACCCCAGCGCUCAAGUAAGUACAGCUCUACUCAGGCAGAGCUUCAGUGUGUUUCUGCCGGAGGUUCCAGCAGCAGUGAGUCCCUCCGAGGCCAAAGGAACCCCGAAGCGGCUCCACGUCUCCAACAUCCCCUUCCGCUUCAGGGACCCAGACCUGCGGCAGAUGUUCGGGCAAUUUGGAAAGAUUCUGGAUGUGGAGAUCAUUUUCAAUGAGAGGGGAUCAAAGGGUUUUGGUUUUGUGACGUUUGAGACCAGUGCAGAUGCAGAGAAAGCGCGAGAGCGUCUCCACGGGACCAUCGUGGAGGGACGGAAGAUCGAGGUCAACAACGCUACGGCUCGAGUGAUGACCAAUAAGAAGAUGGUUAGCCCGUAUGCUAACGGAGAAGGCCUCAGCACGCUGACCUACGCGGGGUGGAAGUUGAGUCCUAUGAUGAGCGCGAUGUACGCACCGGAGCUCUACGCAGUUCCAGGGUUUCCGUAUCCCACCACCGCAUCCACCGCCGCAGCUGCAGCCGCCAGCCUCAGAGGAGCACAUCACCUGCGGGGUCGAGGCCGGCCCGUCUACGGAGCGGUGCGCGCCGCGGUUCCUCAACCUGCCAUACAGGCCUACCCCGGUGUGGUGUACCAUGAUUGUGUUUGAUGGAGCUACAAGAACUGUGUGUAA